AUGUCUCUGGGUGUAAACAAAAACAGGUUAACGCAUACGAUUUUUUAUUUACAUUUUAAUUUAAUAUGUUCUAUUGUUUUAGUUUUGCUAAACCGAUGGAUUUAUGUAAAUAUCGGUUUUCCAAAUUUGACUUUGACGUUAUUGCAUUUUAUUACCACGUUUAUUGGACUAAAUAUUUGUGAACGUUUUAAUUUGUUUCAAGUGAAAACAGUUCCUCUGAAAGAUAUUUGUUUAUUAUCUGUUACCUUUUGCGGUUUUGUUAUUUUUACAAAUUUAUCACUACAAUUUAACACAGUGGGUACUUAUCAAUUAGCCAAAGUCGUCACGACACCCGUCGUUGUUUUUCUCCAAAAGAUUUUUUAUAAAAAAGAUAUAAGUUUUAAAAUAAAAUGCACGUUAAUUCCCAUAAUUGUCGGAGUUGUGAUGAACUUUUAUUAUGAUAUUAAAUUCAAUUAUAUCGGAACGUUAUGUGCUACGUUAGGAGUGUUAAUUACUUCUUCAUAUCAAAUUUUAGUUAGUUCAAAACAACAUGAAUUGCAAAUGAAUCCAAUGCAGUUACUGUACUAUCAAACCCCAGUUUCAUCACUCAUGUUACUACCAAUUGUAAUUUAUUUCGAACCUCUUACUGAUACAAUUUUUAGAACUUUUAAUAGUUUAGAAGUAAUCAUAGUCUGCAUGUCUUGCAUUGUGGCACUUUUUGUAAAUAUAUCAAUUUAUUGGAUAAUCGGUAAAACUAGUCCAUUGACUUACAAUAUAUUUGGACAUUUAAAAUUUUGCUUAACUGCGCUUGGAGGAUUUUUGAUUUUUAAUGAACCAAUGUCAUUCAUGCAAUGCGUCGGAGUCAUAUUAACACUUUCUGGAGUUACAUUUUAUGCUCAUUUCAAGGUUUGA